CGCCGCGCGCCGAUUGGCGUAGAAAUCCGCAGUGUCACAGGCGCGAGGACGUCCUCCGCCGCCGCGGCGCGUGCGAAGAGAAGACAAGCUGACGGCGCUCCGUCCCGGCCGCUGUCACGUUCCACCGGGGAGCGCCUCCACCCGUCGUCGUCGCCCGGUAUAUGGACAACGAGCCCGCGCGCUCCGUCGCGGUGAUGCUGCCCCCCAACAACUGCAUCCCGAGGAACUACAGCUGCAUGGCCGGCUUGUUCGGGAGCUUGGCCGCGGCGGCGAACCAGAGGAAGGAGGACGGCGAAGAGGAGGGCGACGCCGGUGCGAGCGACGCCGGCGCUCUCGACGGCAGCAGCAGCAGCAGCAACCAGGUCGUGGACGAGCGGCCGAGGGGCAGGGAGUGCUUCCUGAAGCCGCCUCAGAGCCCGACGCUUCGGAGGAGGUGCAAGUCGCUGCCCACGCCGGUGGAGCGAGCCCGCCUGGAAAUCGCUCGCAGCCGCAGCCCGUCGAGCCAGAAGAAGGUGAGGUUCGCCGACUCGCUGGGGCUGGAGCUCACCUCGGUGAAGCACUUCUGCGACGCGGACAUGCCCGAGGUGCCGCAGCGGAUCCUGGACAAGCUCCGGCGCGCGAGCCCGCCGCACGCGAACCACUUCGACAAGUUCCCGCGCAUCCCGAGCCAGGCGCCCUCCUUCAUGGAGGCGCAGUUCGAGAACCCGGGCGAGGCGCCGGGCUUCCUGGAGCGCGUGCGCGAGCUGCGGGUCUGCCUGGAGCGCGCCGACGCGGACGAGUUCAGCCUGUCGGGCCUCGUGCGCGUGCUCAACGUGGCCUUCGAGAAGCGCGUGCUGCUGCGCUACACGCUCAACAACUGGGUGACCUUCUUCGACGUGCCCGCGUGCUACGUGCCGCAGUCGAGCGACGGCUUCACGGACCAGUUCUCCUUCAAGAUCAUCACGCCCGCCUUCCUGGAGAGCGGCGGCGGCGGGACCCUGCUGCAGUUCGCCAUCAAGUACUCGGUGGGGGGCGACGAGUUCUGGGACAACAACCAUGGGAACAACUACAGAGUGCGCCGCCACAGGUUUAAAAUAUCUCCCCCCAGGGAGUGGGAGAACGGCUGGAUCCACUUCAUAUAGCUCGGGGGGGGGGCUGGCGGGGAGGGGGACG